ACAAUUUGACGCGUGGAGUGAAACGUCAGCCACGUCCGAAUUCCUUUCAACGUAACAUUUCACUUUUCGACGGCAAGUUGCUUUUUAUUUCUCGUAGUAAAUAAGAAACUAGAAGAUACAAUGGCUGCGAAAUUAUUAUCACUGAUUCUAAUAAUUGCUGCGGCUGUAACCGCGGAUGAAGAAGCCCCAGUCGCAAGAUUACUUGUCUCCAAACAAGUUUUAAAUAAAUAUUUAGUUGAAAAUAUGGACAUUCUUGUGAAGUACACACUAUACAACGUAGGUACAGCACCCGCAGUGGAAGUGAAGCUGAUUGACACUGGUUUCCAUCCCGACGUAUUCGAGGUUGUUGGAGGGCAGCUCACUGCUGAAAUUGACAGGAUACCUCCGCAGACCAAUGUAUCACAUGUUGUGACUGUCAGGUCAACCAGAUUUGGUUACUUCAACUUCACUGCUGCUGAAGUUACAUAUAGAGCCAGUGAAGAAUCCACUGAUGUGCAAUACUCAAUCAGCAGUUCCCCAGGAGAGGGUGCUAUUGUUGCAUUCAAAGAUUACGACCGCAAGUUCUCCUCGCACAUUCUGGACUGGGCUGCAUUCGCUGUAAUGACUUUGCCAUCUCUGGCCAUCCCAUUUGGUCUAUGGUUCUCCUCAAAGAGCAAAUAUGAAAAACUCGCCAAACCUAAGAAAACACACUAAUUAUUACCAUAAGAAUAGUGUAGGUAAUGACUGCUAAUGUUGUGGAUUGUGGAAUAUGAAAUGGCCUUUAUCUAUUAAAAAAAACUAAUUUAUUUUUUUAGUGUGUGUUAUAGAAAAUACUCUUUUAUAGUCAGCCAGGAUGUUUAUGGAUUUUGUUUUUAAUUGAAUUGCAAUUUUCCAUAACAUUAGUAGUGAUUAAUUACAGUUGUUGUACUGUGUCUUUGUUGUAAAAUAAUUUAAUGAACAAUAAAAGAAUUAAGUGAUUUGUAA